UGGCAGUAAAUAAUUUUUAAUGAUAGGUAGACUCGCUAGAAGAGGAUAUGUCCGGAUGACAAAUGAAGAGUACCUAGCUAAUAUCACCAAGAGCUGGUCCUCCCUUACAUUUAAUAGAGCUACACUGAAGGGGUUCCCUGAGGCUAAUCAUGGAGAUUACGCACAAAUCCAGCUUUAUGGACUCUCUCAAGGACCAGUCGAGAAGUCUGUUCCUUUGAUCCAAGAGGCUUCGCUUGGACAUAGACCAGAAGUUAUAUUUCUCCAACUUGAUCCAAUGAACUAUAUGAUGAGAUCAAGAUUUAUGUCCCACAAAUGUGCUUUACAUGAUCUUGAGGAUUAUGACAUCAAAGGUGUUGAAAACAUUCAGUUCCCUCGACCAAUAACAUGGCAAGAAACAGUAGUAAAUUUGAUUACAGUUGAUAUGAUUAGAGCCAACCAGACUCAUAUGAAAAUAGAUUAUACUAAAGGUGUCUCUUGAUACUCAUAUCCUCAAGUUCAGGAGGAGGUAGUCAGAGAGAAUCUCACCCCAAAGUUUAUCCAGGCAAUCACUGAUUAUAUUGUCUGUGAUAAGUGGUCACCCUAUUACGAAAUCAAUCAUGCUCUUUAUCUUGCUCUUAUGGGAAAACAAAAAGUUAUUCUUGGAGAUAUGCCAGAGAUUCUACUCAGACAAAUUCUUGGAAAUUCUCUUUCUCUUGAAGAUGCAAAGGACAUUUUCAAAUAUGUUCUCGACCAGAUUAGCAAGGCUAGGAUUCCAAUCACAAUGGAGACAGCUACUUUGCAAUACUUCUCACAUAUUUUCUUGAUGCCAAAAGAUUUGUACAUGACUGCAUUAAUGAAGGAGACCCUCAAAGCAGUUAACUCCAUGGCAGCUUUUGUUGGGAAUCCUCAUUUUACUCCAAUUCAGAGGUACUGGAUUCCUCCUCCACAAGGAAUUAACAUGUCUCUUGCCACUAAGAUUCCUGACAGGAUUAAGAACGAAACAAAUGAGAUGCUUAUUGAGAAACAGGCAUUGUUUGAUGUCCUUCUUGAUAGCCGAGCUUGGGGUAAAGAAUUAGCGAACCCCUUCCCAUACAUAGAAGAGGAUAUCACCAAAAUUCCUGAUAAAGACCUAAAGCACUUCAAGAAGACCUUCUACGUCAAUUUGAGAAAGUAUCAAGCAUUUAGGGAUAAGUUCAUUAACCAAGAAGCUUAUGUACUAUUGGAGUCUGCUAGCAGUAGGAACCAGAAGUUCCUUGAAAAUUAG